AUGGGUGUUACUCCCAUAGUCAUGAAGAGGGAGGAAAUACGCGAAAAAUUCGCUUAUACCGAAACAGCCGUCUACUGGGACAUGAAGGAUUUCCCAGUCACCGAUAUUGUUUUGUUUAAUCAGAAUAUAAGGUUGGCUCUUGCUGAUGCGGGUUAUCUCGGUAAAGUGUCAAUUAGGGCUUAUGGUGACGAGAAACCGGACGACGAAGAAUACUAUAAGAAUGCCGAAAUCACCUUUGUAUCCAGAGAUAACCGUGAUUGUUCCCUCAAAAACGUGAUGGUAAUCGCGAAAAACAUCAUGCCGGCUGACGAUUAUGACGACAUGUUGUUCGCUGCCAAUCUUGGGCUUAUGAAUGCGAGAUGCUACAAUAUUCUCUUGGCAGUUCCUGAUGACUACCAACUCAGAAAUAUGCCAGUUAGGUGCAACUACACAAUAUGGCUUUGGAGUGACCUACUUGCUGGAGGAAAACCGCUAGAGGAUAGCCUAGUAUUUCGAUGGUACGAACAAGAACCACCACGAGACAUUGAGGCAGAACCUUGUUCUCACUGUGGAAAAUAA